CUAGGCUUGCUUUGCUUUCGUCAAAUGAAAUGAAAUCCAUCAAAAGCACAUACAAAACAAAAGAACCAACCCAACACAGCCAGAUCCACUUCCACUUCCGUCUGUGGAUCUCUCUCACUCACUCUUAUCUCUUUUAUCCAUUAAUCUAAAAACAACCAAUAACCCUCCUCAGCUUCUCACCCUUCUUCACUAAUCUUCAAAACCCUACCUACUACUCUCAGCUACCUCAAACUCAUAAAUGGUUCACAAUGCGUUACGAUUCGAAUCGUAACUCAGCGGCACCACCGGUGGGAUCUGCUCACUGAGCUCGUUGCUGAAUCUCCCAUAUCCCAUGGGCACCACCCAGUCCGUGCAACAAGUCGAAGAGAGCGAAGAAGAAGAAGAAGAAGAAGAAGACGACGACGACGAAGAAGAAGACCAACACGAGCGACAUCACAAUGUUGAAGCCAAUAGAAUACGAGAAGCACUGGACAACAAUCUUGUCAAGAAGGUUCUAGAACAAGAACCCGAGAUGCUCCCUUGCCACGCGUCCGCAUCUCCGCUUUCUCCUCAACUGUCUUCCCUCGGGACGCCGCGUCUGGGCCCCUCCAUCAAGGUAUGGGACCCUUACAACGUUUUGGCACCGCCUCCGCCUCUGCCGCCGCCGCCGCCGGGGGUUUUCUCCAGAAGCUACUCGUCCAAUGCGAUCGACGAUGAUCGGACGGUCGUGGAGGUGUUUUUGAUUAACCACGGGGAGUGCGAGCUCAAUCUGAGGCCUGAUUUCGUCUCCGGACGGUGCCCCGAGGCGGCAUUGACGGUUGCCGGGAAACGGCAAGCCAGGGCGUUGGCUGUGUUCUUGAAUUCCCAACGGGUUAGGUUCAAUGCUGUUUUUUCUUCGCCGUUGAAUCGGGCCAGGUCAAUGGCCGUUUCGGUCUGUCAGGAAAUGAAUUUUGCAGAGGACCAAAUACAAUCCUCAGAUGCAUUAGUGGAAAUGAGUCAUGGGCAUUGGGAGGGCUGCCUCCGGUCAGAAAUAUACACACCUGAAACUCUCAGCCUCAUUGACAGAUUCCAGCCUGAUUUCUCUGCACCAUCUGGAGAAUCACUUAGGCAAGUAGAAUUCCGGAUGGUUCAGUUUUUAAAUGGGACAGUCCUUGGAAUGCCUGAAAAGCUGAGAUCAGAUUUUCCCUCACACCAUCAGAAUGAGAGCCAAGGGUUUUCACACCACAACUCCCAUGCUCUGACCAACUCUAAUCAUGAUCGAGAUGGGUCUUCUGCCCCGUCAGCCCACUGGGAUUUGCUUAACAGGCACCGACAAGGGCUUUUGAGGAAGAAGUCUGGUAAGAGCAGGCUACAAUAUGUGACUACUGGGGAUCAUGAAGCUGAGGAUGAGAUAUCCCCUCAGGAUGCCAACCACCAAAGCUCCCUAAAAGAUUUAAGUAGCAAGACCUCCUCAUCUGGUAUCUCCUCUUGUAUUGGUGUUUUCACACAUUCAGUGCCAAUUAAGUGUCUCCUUACAGGUCUCCUUGGAUGCAGCCCAAUAAUGUCACAAAAGAUAUGCAUAGAAGAUUCUUCAGUGACAGUGUUGCAGCAUUCUUGGAAAGCAGGUUGGCAGAUAAAAAGGUUGAAUGAUACUGCACACCUUAGGCUUCUUUAAUUGGAGAUUUUACUUCAAAUGGAACUUUCUAAUGGUAAAAUGAUGUGUUAAUUUCUGGCCUAAUUCUUGCAUUGUUAUGAUUUAUGGAUAGAACUUAUAUGUUGCGACUCAUGUUUUCAAGUAAAUUGGCAUACCUUGUUGUAAUCUUCAAUAUGUUUAUUUCCAGAAUCAACUCCAAAGAAAAAGGAAUUGAUGGUGGAGUAGAAUCUUGUAUUGAGUGAUUCUUUUUAUAUGUAGCAUUUACGAAGAGUUGUUAUUAUAGAUUGAAACAUUAUGUAGUUUCCUGCAUUGGGAGAAAAAAAAAGUUGUUUCAGAAUUUAAGAACUUUGAUGAACUUCUAUUUCUUUCUAA